AUGCUCUUGGGCAUUCCAAACCUGAUUACUGCCAUUGGCCUGUUGAAAAGACACAGCAGCGGGUCUCUGCUGACGUUUGCCUUGUCAGGCUCCCUGAGAGGCACCAUGCAGGUGUGGCUGUUCUCCAUGGCCCAGUGUGUGUUGUCAGUGUCUGUGAUUGGGGCGAGUGUUAGGCUGUGCAUGAACGAAGCUGGUUCGGAUGCAGGAGGCCGCAGCAAAACUGUGACUGGCUGUCUGAAGCUGUGCCUGGCCUGGGUGGGGGCUGUAGGUGGUGCAGUGGGGGUCCCAGUCAACAUGCUGCUGAACCUGAGGAGCCCACAGUGCCUGUACACAUGCAUCACACUAGUGUGUAGCCCCCUGCUGAUCAGACAGUUUACGAUGUGGCUGCUACUGCUGAUGACACUCAACACUCACCUGCAGUGCCGACUAGGACAUAGAUACUCAAGCCUGGUGACCCGUCAGAAGAUGCUAUACAUUGUGCUCCUCAGCUGGAUUUGCUCUGUGGUCAUUGCCUUCGCCCAGUUCAUAGCCUGCAGCUCUCUUGACACUUGGCAAAAGGAGAGCACAUCUGGGUUGGGGUUGGAAAAUCCUUUGCAGCCUAAUCACACCUUCCCCAAACCCCCUCCCAAGUUACCUUACACUCAAGGCUCUGUGAUUGGGAAGUACCUCCCUUAUGGUGGGUUCCUCUCCAAGUUCCUGGUGGAGGACACGCACAACUUCACCUAUGAGGAGAUCCAUAGCAGCCACUGGGGCAUCUGCGCUCCAGACACCAUACUGCACCCAGCCUUCUUGGUCUAUGUCUAUGCCAUCACCGUCUUCCUUGUCCCCUUACUUAUACUACUGACUGUGUACCUGGACCUGAUGUGCUUCAUGCCUCGGCAAGCUGCAGUGUGUCCUUGCGAAGUCCAGAAGAGAGGCUCCAGCCACUCUCGUUCUCUGGCUCUGUCCUUGUCAUUCCUGGUUCUCCUGUGCCUACCCUUGCACAUCAUCCAUAUCUUGCGACUCUUCUCUCCAAAUGGUCAAAGACCAGACUGGGUGACUUCUGUAGCCACCAUCUUUUUCCAGGCCUACAGCUUGGUCCCUCCUCUCCUGUUCACACAAUCACAUGAUAAGGUGGUCAGUGUAGGUUCUUCUCUGGCUGUGACACCAGUUUCAGCCAGCUCCUCACAGGCUAAGCCCCUGAGCCUGACUCCUUUGGAGUUCUGUCCACCAGGGCAGACAGCAAAGGAUGCCGUAGUUUUAGGGAUGUAA